AUGACCACAGGUCGAGUAAGGAUGGCUCUGUCGUACUAUAUAUCAAUAUUCUUCUGUCUAGCGUGCUGUGUUUCAGCCGAUAAUUGGGAUGAUUUCGCCAAUAAUCUUGCCACUGAUCUCGCACCUUUGAUCACUCUCUUUGGUGAACAAAUUACUCGACAAUGCAUGUCAGAGCUUAUAUCUACAUUGGAUGACUUUAUCUUCGCCUUAGCGCCUCUCGGAGUCUUGACGGCUGUGGUAUCCGCCAUUCGAGUGUGCGGUAACCCAACCCUUCGGGCAAUAAUAGGCAGAGCCCAGGAAGAUCCGGCCUCUUCAGAAAAAGAAAUACUCUCGUGCGUAUCAGAUAGCACCGCCGAGAUAUUCACCGAAUCCGGUGUGGCCAGGAUCACCGGUAAUCCCAAAAUUUUGGAAAUUGUGGCGGAUGAGAGCAAAGUACAAUCUGGAAUUGUCACUAUCCGGAAAGUAAGUGAAGUUGCUGGGAAAGACUGGACGGAUCUCGAAAAAGACGUCAAAUUGCCAAAUUUGUCGUUGAAUAAAGGUAUCAGAAGACGUGCACCGAUUUGGUUUCACCUUGCGGCCAUCUUUGGGGUCGUCUUGCAGCUAAGUGUAAUAAUAUAUGCCGCUCUUACGGUAUUCUACUGGCCACAAUCCUUCCUGAAAAAUGGUGGUCGUGUGGAUAGCUAUGCGUUUCCAAUGUUUGUGCUAGGGACUGCCCUUCUCACCCAGGGCAUGUUCCUCUGUGCUGUCUUGGUGGAACGUCACUCGGAGAAGCAUAUCUUCACUCUACCAGAGGAGAGCAGAGUUUACUGGAUUCAACCAGGAAACCAAACUGUUGGGGAUCAGAAGUUCCCAUCCUUCGUGGGCCGGACCGAUAAGGGCGUCUACUUUAUCCGGUCUGUGAGGCACCAACCAUUGAACGAGGUUCUCAAUGUCGGUAGAGAGAUGCAGCUGAUAUUUGUGGUCUGCCUGACCAUGGUUGGCUUCGUGAUUCAAUUCGUCGGUAUACGAGGCCUGCAUUCUUCUGUCAUUCUUGCCCAGUUGGGAGCUACAAUGGUCAUGACACUUGUGAGGACGGGCUUAAGGGCGGAAAGGAUGCGGGAAGGGGAUAAUAUGUUGAAAGUCGAUCAAGAUAUUGUUUCAAGUGGAGAGCACGAGCUAGACUGGAUUGUAUUCCGCCUGUUUAACAUCAAGUCAUUCAGACUUUGUCCGACAAACAGUUUGCAUGCGCAAAAUACGCAGACACAGUCCAGUCAUACUAUCCACGAGCUCGUAUCGACUCGUGAGAAAUUGAGGAAAUUGGCAGGCUCCGAUUGGGACGAGACAUCAGUCCGCACUUUGGUGCGUAAUCUAGACCGAGCAGCACAAGAAUUGGCGACACUGAUAAGCUCCUGGUCUGAAAAAGAAAUAUCGGCCUUUGAUAUUGUUAUUCCUCUCGCAAUUCAAAAAGAAGAUCAACAAACAGUUGUACGUACUUGGGAAAUUCGCUUGUCCACUGGAAAGAGCACAGAUAUUGACUCAUGGGAAGCCAUACUUGGCCUAUACGUGUGGUCUUUGAAGCAAGUCAACCGUGGCCUGAAAAAGAAGUCUCAGAACAGUUUCUUCCGGGCGUUUCGUCCCAAAGGUAUUACUCCCCAUCAAGCACGCUUACUACAUCGGACUUGGACGGCCGACAGAUCAAUCUUUGACAAAGAUCGAUCAGCAACGAGAUGCCUUCUGAAUGAUAGUGAGACAAUUGGGCAUUUUGAUCUGAAGACUAGCAACCAGGUGAUUCAAGACACGCCUGUAAUGGCGGUUACGGCCAAUAUAUAUACGCUAGCCGCUCAAGAUAUAUACAUGCACUUACUUUUUUCGAUGCUUCGUCUGCUCCCAUCCAUUGGAGGUCACACUCAUAUUACUGGCAGCGAUAAGAGCAGCUACAGAGUCUGCAACGACCGUGUGGAGGCGCUUGCGAACGUAUUUGCUAAUUCGGGCUUAGGUAAUAAUACAGAAGGGAUGAUAUGCAACUUGCAGGUAUUAUCUGAUAGCUCAUUAAUUUCCGGAGUUUCGUCUGGUUUACCUGAUAUCCGCCAGAGCAUGGAAGUUUUUGCCUCCCAGGGAUAUCAUAAUGGUCUUACACACCUCAUUACAAUGAGUGAAUGGCUGUGUUCUCUAACCGGCUACGAGGAGGUACAACCUUGUGUCGUUGAAUAUGCGCAUAUCUGUUUGAAGGUCCUUUUAGAACAGGACGUCACGGCAAAAGAACUGGCGGCUCAACGAAUCAAGGCUAUAGUGGACGUAAACCUUAAUGACCGUGCCUCAUUUCCUGUCUCUAAAUAUCUGGACCUUGAAAGCGUACCUUCCGAUGCCUGGUGCACCAAAUAUCGAACCGAAAUAUCUUGGAUGGUUACUCAUAUGAUCCAUUAUUUAACGAAACGCUAUCCAGGCCAACGAACGAUGACCAUCUUACAGGACUUGAAGGGAACAAUUGGGAUUGAAAGUCCAAUCCCCGAAAUUUAUGACGACUUGCAAGCUGCACAAUCGUCUCGGCAGACGUUUUUUGAUAUUUGGCUUGGCUCAGACGUUGGGUUUUCGAUAGAGGAUGACCAGUCGUCACAGAUGGCCCUUGAUUGGCUCGUUCAGAACCAAUUCGACAUCCUGCAAGAGUUGUUGAUAAUCAAAUUGGUUAAUGAUUUAGCCGAGAUGUAUCGACUGCUGGCAGUCAUCGUCUACGCUAUUCGAAAGGGUUAUACUCAAACUAUGCGUUUGGUAUUACAUCAUGCGGAGCGAUCGAAACGAAAAGAGGAUAUAAUAAUUGAAUUAGCUAGACAAGGAAAUACCGUGGCCUUCGAGGCAAUUUUCGAGAAGGAGUGUUCCCGCAAAGUCACUGGAGCUUACGAAACUGCCUUUUUGAUCGCUGCACAAAUGGGGCAUCAUUCACUAUUGAAGUUUCUGCUCGAAAGCGGCGCCAAUGUGAAUUUUCCAGACAGCAAUGGUAAAACUGCGUUGAUGGAGGCAGCGACGAAUCGUGACGUUGCAAGCACAGAAAUUCUCCUUUCACACAAUGCUAAUAUAGACCAGAAAGAUAAAUUUGGAGAUACAGCACUUAUAAUUGCUACAGAACGUGGCUUCCUUCCCAUUGUUGAGCUUCUUGUCAAUAAGGGCGCUGAUAUCAAUGUGAUUGGAUCUCGAGGGAGGACACCAUUAAUGGCAGCGACCGUGAGACAAGAGCUACCCCUUGUCAAGUAUCUUUGCGCAGCAAGGGCGGAUCUGAACAUCAAUGACCAUGAUCAGUACAGUGUGCUCGACAUAGCUGCUCGAGUAGGACUUCAUGGGCCUUGGAUGGAGGGUCAUGCAUAUCUAAGUGCAGUGGGGGCAAAAUACAGUCGGGGACCCUAA